GGCGUCGCGGAGGGAUCCUAAACCCUAACCCCCACCCCCCCCCCCCCCCCCCUCACUUCUUCCCGCCGCCGCCGCCGCCGCCGCAGCCAUGGCUCCAGCACCAGCAACCACGAGCUCCAGCAAGCGCUCGAAGAAGCGGAAGCAGCCCGUCGCUCCCCCGCCGGAGUCGGAUUCCGAGUCGGAGGAGUUGUCCUACGACACCGCCGCGGCUGACGAGGAGGAGGGGGAAGAGGAGGCGCCGAACCAGAUGGAGGAGCUGGAAGAGGAGCAGGAGGAAGAGAAAAAGGAGAAGAAGCAGAAGAAGGAGAUGAGCAAGGAGAAGAAGAGGAAGAAGGAGAAGGGGAAUGAGGGGGGAUCGGGGAUUCUGACCAACAUGCUCUUCUCCGAGCUCGGCGUCUCCGAGCCUACUGCCAGAGCCAUCAGGGAGAUGAACUACACCUACCUCACCCAGAUUCAAGCUAGGUCCAUACCACACCUGUUGAAUGGAAAGGAUGUGAUGGGCGCGGCCAAGACUGGUUCAGGGAAGACUCUUGCCUUCCUCAUACCAGCAAUCGAGAUGCUCCACCACGCACAUUUCAUGCCGAGGAAUGGGACUGGAGUUGUUGUGGUUUGCCCAACAAGAGAGCUUGCCAUCCAGACACACAAUGUUGCCAAGGAAUUGAUGAAGUAUCACUCACAAACUCUUGGAUAUAUUAUUGGCGGUAAUGGCCGGAGAGGUGAAGCAGAUCAGCUUGCAAAGGGAGUCAAUUUAUUAGUUGCUACACCAGGCAGGCUUUUGGACCAUCUGCAGAAUACCAAGGGAUUCAUAUAUAGACGGCUAAAGUGCCUUAUAAUCGAUGAAGCUGAUCGUCUAUUGGAGCAGAACUUUGAAGAAGAUAUGAAACAGAUAUUUAAACGCCUUCCUCUGAAUAGACAGACAGUUCUUUUUUCUGCUACACAGACAGAGCAGGUUAAAGAAUUUGCCAAGUUGUCAUUUGAGAAAAACGAAGAAAGUACCUCAAAACCUGUUUAUGUUGGUGUUGAUGAUGCUGAAACUAAUGCUACUGUUGAGGGCUUACAGCAGGGAUAUUGUGUCAUUGAUAGCGCAAGAAGGUUUUUGGUUCUUUAUGCUUUCCUAAAAAAGAAACAGAAUAAAAAGGUCAUGGUGUUCUUCUCAUCAUGUAAUUCAGUCAAGUUCCAUGCAGAACUUCUGAAUUUUCUCCAGAUAGAAUGUUCUGAUAUCCAUGGAAAACAAAAGCAGCAGAAGCGUACCACAACAUUCUUUAACUUCUGCAAAGCAGAAAAGGGUAUCUUACUAUGCACUAAUGUGGCAGCACGUGGACUUGAUAUUCCUGAUGUGGAUUUCAUUGUGCAAUAUGAUCCUCCAGAUGAACCAAAGGAUUAUAUUCACAGAGUUGGACGUACUGCACGUGGUGAAAAAGGCAAAGGAGAAGCACUGUUGUUUUUACUGCCACAAGAACUGAAGUUUCUUAUCUACCUGAAGGCUGCUAAGAUUUCGCUGACAGAAUUAGUGUUCAAUGAAAACAAAGUGCCAAAUUUGCAAUCGCACCUUGAGAAUAUCGUUGGCGAGAAUUAUUUCCUGAAUCAGUCAGCUAAAGAGGCAUACAGAUCCUACAUCUUGGCAUACGACUCACACUCCAUGAAAGACAUUUUUGAUGUUCAUAAUCUCAAUCUGAAGGAUGUGGCAGCGUCUUUCUGUUUUAAGAACCCACCAAAGGUAAACAUCGAUUUGGAGAGCUCUGCAUCCAAACAUCGGAGGAAGAUGAGGAAAGUGGACGGUGGAAGGAGGCAUGGCAUCAGCGCUGCAAAUCCCUACGGAAGAAAAGGCGGUGAUGACAAAAGGCAGUUUGCAAGAUUCUAGAGAUGUUCAAUACAUGGAGUCUCAAAAGACCCUUGGCCCUAUGAAAUUUUGAUAGAUAACUUAUAUUAUCGCAUCAUGCUAUAACACAAUUAUUCUGUCCAAUGUAUCCACUUAGUCUAGCACUCGAGAUUGUUGAGAAAUGAGAAUGAAAUCGUGUGCCAAAUUCA